AUGCGGUCGUUUCUUCUCUCGGCCGCGGCGCUGGCUAAUGCCGCUGCUGCCAGCCCCAUCGUUACUCGCGCUGCUAACAGCACGACUGUGACGUGUGACAGCGGCUCGUUCAACCCCAUCACCGCGCAGCAGUUUGUUGAUGCUCUGAACCCGGGCUGGAACCUUGGUAACUCGCUCGAUGCUACACCCGGCGAAACUGACUGGGGCAACGCGGCUGUUACCGAGGAUACGUUUGAUGACAUCAAGGCUACUGGUUUCAAGAGUGUUAGGUUGCCGGUGACAUGGCACUACCACUUGACUUCGGAGUCUCCCGAUUGGACCAUUGACCCCGAUUGGCUCCAGCGUGUGUCUGAUGUUGUCGAUAUGGUGACGGAGCGUGGCUUCUAUACCAUCGUCAAUGUCCAUCACGACUCGUGGAUUUGGGCGGACGUUUCGCAGGAGAACGCCAACCUUACGAUGAUCGAGGAGAAGUUUUACCGACUUUGGUCCCAGAUUGGCCAGAAGCUGGCCUGCAAGAGCGAGCUUGUUGCUUUUGAGCCCAUCAAUGAGCCGCCUGGAACCACGGCUGAGCAUGGCAAGGAGCUGAACAAGCUCAACAACCUCUUCCUGAAGGCCAUCAACGAGGCCGGCGGGUUCAACAAUAAGAGAGUCGUCACGCUGCCCGGUCUUGGCGAGGACAGCAUCAAGACGAGCCAGUGGUUCGAGGCCCCGAGCGGCAACUACAGCAACCCCUGGGCAAUCCAGUACCACUACUACUCUCCCUACAACUACAUCUUCUCUGCCUGGGGCAAGACCUCAUGGGGUUCUGACGAAGAGAAGGCUUCCCUGGAAGCGGACAUUGCCAACAUUCGUGGCAACUUCACUGACAUCCCUCUCGUGAUCGGAGAGUGGGCCGCGUCGCCCGUCGCCACCGAGACGGCAGCGCGCUGGAAGUACUUUGACUUCUUCAUUAAGACGGCGGCCAAGUACAACACGUCGACGAUGCUGUGGGAUAACGGCAACGACUUCCUGAACCGGCCCAUACACGCCUGGCGCGACGAGACGGCAAUCGAGAUCCUGCUGAACCAGGCCAACGGCACGGCCAACUCCCUCGCCGACAGCACCGUGGACGACCAGGCCACUGAGCAGUCCACCAGCGCGUACGUCUUCCACAAGGUUGGCGAGGAGGUUGCGGACCAGACCCUGCCCUUCAUCCUGAACGGCAACACCGUGACUGGCAUCAAGGCCAACGACAAGGAUCUCUCCGAAGGCUCGGACUACGCCGUCAACGGUGCGAACAUCACCUUCAAGCAGGCGCUCCUGUCCAACUACUUUGCGGACGACGAGCCCGGCCUCAAGGCCAAUCUGACCGUCUCGUUCUCUGCUGGCGCUGCUCUUCGUCUCCAGGCUGUCCAGUGGGACACCCCCACCUUGGGCUCCAACUCGAGCAAGGCUGAGUCCGGCAGCGACUUGAGCAUCCCGAUCACCUGGAAGGGUAUCGCGAAGCCUGCUACCGUUAAGGCGCUUGAGAACGAUGGCACCUACCUCGUGGACGAUUACACGCAGUGGUGGGGCCCUCUGAUGCAGGCCAGGAUGACCUACAGCGGCCAGUGGAACUGGGACGCUGAGCACAUUAUCCUCACCGCGGACGUCGUCGCUGCUGUCGUUUCGGCGGGCAAGACCACGACCUUCACUAUCGAGGCUUACCCGCGUGUGCCUGGCAACGCGGUCAACUAUACUCUGACCGUUUGA